AUGCCUCAUCUACUAGAAAUUAUAUUAUUCCAAAAUUGUGACUAAUUUAAACUUGCUCUACCUAAAAUCCAAGAAAUUCUAAACUCUAACAGAAUCGUUACAAUUUCAUGGGAAAAGACAAAAGAAGAUUUUUAUAGAGAAACUUAUCUUGAAAACUAACAAAUCUAAAAUUAAAAUCAAUAUCAAAUUUUAGAAAAUUUAACCUAUUAAGUUUCUGAGCAAAAUGCUCUCUUUGCAGAAAUGUAUCAAAUAAUAUAUUUCAAAGUUUAAUAACCCUCUUAUAAUAUGAUGUAGAAUAAAAAUAAUAUCCAAAAUUUUUAUUUAAUUUCAAAAAACUAAGCAACUCAUCAGUAUCGAUCAAUUUUAGAACCUAAAUAAAUGAAUUGCUAAAAAAGAUUAAGAAGUAACUAAAUUAGAUUGUAGAUUUUAAAGAAAAAUUACAAUUAAUUUAGUUUCUUUAUUAGGAAAAUCACUUUCAAAAGGAAGAAUUAAAAUAACUCUAUGUAUUUCACAUAUUCUCUAUUAUAGCAUUAAAUUAAGUCUUCUUCCAAAGAAAAUAAAAAUAGUACUAUAUGGCUUUUAGAAUAAAUUGUAUAUUAUGAAAAGAACAAUUUUCAAUUAAUCAAUGAGAUUUAUGAAUAUUAUGUAGAAGAAUAAAAAUAAGAAGAAGCCUAAAAGUAUUGUUCAAUGAUUAUCAAUUAACCUUUAGUAGGCUUAGAAUACGAAGAGAUUGAGUUUCAGUAUAAACAAAAAAAGGCUGAAAAUGAUAAAAUACUAUCCGAAAUUUAAGAAUUAGAAUAAUAUUUAAAUACAAAUUAAUCAAAUCAAGAUACCGAAUAAUUAUAAAAAUUAAUAAAUUUAAAGGAGAGGAUAGGUUUUCCAAUUUCAGAUUUGGUAUCUUAUUAUUUAAAAUUGACAUAAAUUUAUAACUUAAAAAAAGAUUUUGGUUAAGCAAUAAAAAUUACUUUAGAAUGUUUGGAGAAGAUCAAAUUAGAAUUACUUCUUAAUUAUCACCCAAAGAUUAUUUUAUAUCAAUCAACCUAUCUUGAACUUUUGGGAGAUUAUUAUCGAUAAAAUAAAUAAUCAGAAUUGGCUAUUAAUGCUUAUUAGGAUUCAAUCUAAUUAAAAAAAGAAAUUAAGUAAAAAAUAGAUCCAAAAAAAUUAAUUCAUUUAAAAUAAUAAAUAGCUACAUUAUAUUAUAAAUAAAAAAAAUAUGAUUAGGCAUUGGAACUUUAUAUUUUUGUUUUAAAGAUGUAAGAAGAAUAACUAGAAGAGUAAUAUAUAACGGGAUAAACUUAAUAUAAUAUUGCUUAACUUUAUUAUAAUUUAAAUUAAAGAUAACAAGCUUAGGAAUAUUGUGAAUAAGCUAUUAACAACAUGGCUUAAAAAUUAUAAGAGAAAGAUCUUUUGAUGAUAAAAGCCAAAGCAUUAAAAGAAAAAAUAAUUUAAAUUAAAAAUAGUAAAAUGUUGUUUGAAUCUAAUUCUUGA